AUGCAUCUCACCAUCCCCCUCCUCACCCUCCUCCUCCCAACGCUAACUCUCUCCCUCCCAACAUCCUCAUCCUCCCUCGCACUCCUCACGACCCUCCGCACCGCCACCCUCCAAGCAGACGAAUGCAAGCUCCCGCGCCCGGGGUUAAGCUGCGCCGAAGUCCCGACAAAAGACAUCAUAGUAACAUACGGCGGCACCGCGACGGACGAGCAGAAGGCGGUCGUGAAGGCGGCGGUGGAGGGCAGCGGCGGGACUAUGAUUAGGGAUUGGGCGGGGUUCGGAUUCACGGCAUUCGUCCCAGAGCCUGUAGCUAAGCUUGUUGAGCAUCAUGGCGAGUCGUUUGGGUUGAAGGUGUGGGAGAAUGCAUGCAUGGAGAUUCCGUGGUGUGGUGAGGCGCCGUGCUAGAUGGGACUAGACUUCAUUGUUACGAGUGCAUUGGGGGUUCGGG